UCAUUCUACUCAGACAUUGUUUCUCUAUAAAGACUACCGCGACAGGGUUUUGCAUAGCAAUUUUAUCCAUGCUACAAAAGUUUCCAUUCUUCCUCUUUAUUCUUCUUCUUCUUCAUUUCUUUCUCGGUAAGCUUGUAGUUUCUUCUCCUACCGAAGAAGAAUUCACCUUCAAUGGAUUCUCCGGGGCCAACCUCACCCUCGACGGCUUGGCCACCGUAUCCUCCGACGGCCUCUUAAUCCUAACAAACAACACAAGACAACAAAAAGGCCACGCCUUUCACCCUUAUCCUCUCCGUUUCCCCCGCAACCCGUCCGACGGUAGCACCCCCUCCUUCUCCACCACCUUCGCCUUCGCCAUCGUAUCUGAGUAUGCUGACCUCAGUGGCCACGGGAUCGCCUUUGUAAUCACCCCCUCGACAAACUUCUCCGAAGCCCUACCGUCCGAGUACUUGGGCUUGUUCAACAUGAGCAGCAACAGCAAGGCCACCAACCACAUCGUUGCCGUUGAGCUCGACACGAUUCUUAACUCCGAGUUCCAUGACAUCGACGACAACCACGUCGGGAUCGACAUCAACGGACUGCGGUCCUACAAGGCCAACACCGCCGGGUACUACACGGACGAUACCGGAGAGUUCAGGAACUUGACCCUCAUCAGUGGCAAAGCCAUGCAAGUGUGGGUCGACUACGACGGCGUAGAUUUGAAGCUGAACGUUACGCUCUCUCCUGUGAAUGCAAUCGGAAGGUCGACGACGAAGCCUACUAAACCGUUGCUAUCGUUUCCGGUCAACCUCUCCUCCGUGCUGUUCGACUUGCCUGUGCACGUGGGCUUCUCCUCGUCGACGGGCUCCGUGCUGACGUCACACUACAUCAUCGGAUGGAGCUUCGCCAUGCACGUAGGUCAGGCUCAGGCACCGCCCCUCGACUACUCGAAGCUGCCAGCGAUCCCUGGCACGAAUCUCAAACGCCACGGGUCGAGGGCUCUGGGCAUGCGGUUAGCUGUAGCUUCUCUAUUAUUAGUGCUGCUGGUGACUGUUGCCGCAUUCUCGGUCGUAAGGUGGCGGAGAACGUACGCGGAGCUUCACGAGGAUUGGGAAGUGGAGUUCAGGCCCCACCGGUUCUCCUACAGAGACCUCUUCCGAGCCACCAAGGGGUUCGGCGAGAGGGAGCUGCUGGGCGUCGGUGGCUUCGGGAGGGUCUACAGAGGAACGUUGCCGAAUUCGGGAGCGGAGGUGGCGGUGAAGAGGGUCUCCCACGAGUCGUGGCAGGGGAUGCGGGAGUUCGUGGCGGAGAUUGUCAGCAUCGGCCGCCUCCGCCACCGCAACAUCGUGCAGCUGCUCGGCUACUGCCGCCGCAAGGCGGAGCUUCUCCUGGUCUACAACUUUGUCCCCAACGGUAGCCUGGACAAGUAUUUGUACGACGGCCGGGCUCAUAAGCCAGCUCUCGGUUGGUCGCAAAGGUUCCAAAUUGUGAAGGGGGUUGCUACGGGGCUCCUCUAUCUUCACGAAGAGUGGGAGCAAGUCGUUGUGCACCGAGACAUCAAGGCGAGCAAUGUGCUGCUGGACAGCGAGAUGAACGCCAAGCUGGGGGAUUUUGGUCUCGCUAGGCUGUGCGAUCACGGCGCCGAUCUGCAGACGACCCACGUGGUGGGGACGAUGGGUUAUCUCGCACCAGAGCUCUCAAGGACGGGGAGGGCAACCACCGCCACCGACGUGUUCGCUUUCGGAGUUUUCCUCUUAGAGGUUGCUUGUGGGCGGAGGCCGGUGGAGCAAUGGACCGCGGGCUCGCAAGGGGAGCAAUGCCUCUUGGUGGAUUGGGUGGUCGAGAACUGGCGGAAGGGUUCAAUUCUCGAUACGGUGGAUGCCGGAUUAGAAGGAGAGUACGCGAGGGAGGAGGCGGAGAUGGUGCUGAAGCUGGGGCUGAUGUGCUCGCACCCACACCCUGCGGCGCGGCCGAGCAUGUGGCUGGUGGUGCAGUACAUGGAGGGUCGUGCACCGCUGCCGGAGCUGUCGCCGGCUCACCUCUCUUGCACCAAUCUUUCAUUACCUCACGACGACUGCUUUGACGAUUAUGUUAUCUCAUAUCCAUCUUCGAUGCCAAAUACAUCUACUCUCUCCGGAGGAAGAUGAAUGAAUAUUAGCCAUCUGGGUUCUUACCUUGGCUUAUUCAACACGAGCAACAACGGCGAUGCCGCCAACCAUAUCGUCGCCGUCGAGAUCGACACGAUACUCAACCUUGAGCUCCAAGACAUCAAUGACAACCACAUCGGGAUCGACGUCAACGGGCUGGUGUCAUACAGGGCUCACACCGCCGGGUACUACGCGGAUGAUACCGGAGAGUUCAGAAACUUGACCCUCAUCAGUGGCAAGGCCAUGCAAGUGUGGGUCGACUACGACGGCGCAGAUGCGAAGUUGAACGUUACGCUCUCCCCUAUAAAUGCAAUUGGAACGCCGACGACGAAGCCUACUAAACCGUUGAUGUCUUCCACGGUCAACCUCUCCGCCGUGCUGUUAGACUUGCCCGUGCACGUGGGCUUCUCCGCGGCGACGUACCCCCUGAUGACGUCGCAAUACAUCCUCGGAUGGAGCUUCGCCAUGAACGUAGGUCACGCUCAUGCGCCGCCCCUGAACUACUCGAAGUUGCCCGCGAUCCCCCGCAUGAAUCUCAAAGGCCAUAGCUCGAGGGCUCUGGGCUUGGGGUUAGCCGUGGCUUCUUUAGUGUUCGUGCUGCUGGUGACGUUUGUGGCGUUUGCUGCGGCACGGUGGCGGAGCAAGUACUCGGAGCUUCGUGAGGAUUGGGAGGUGGAGUUCGGGCCCCACCGGUUCUCGUACCGAGACCUCUUCCGAGCCACCAACGGCUUUAGGGAGAGGGAGCUGUUAGGAGCCGGCGGCUUUGGCAAGGUCUACAGAGGAACGUUGCCGACUUCACGGGCAGAGGUGGCUGUGAAGAGGGUCUCCCACGAGUCGCGGCAGGGGAUGAGGGAGUUCGUGGCGGAGAUCGCCAGCAUCGGCCGCCUCCGCCAUCGCAACAUCGUGCAGCUGCUCGGCUACUGCCGCCGCAAGGGGGAGCUUCUCCUGGUUUACGACUUCAUCCCCAAUGGUAGCCUCGACAAGUACCUGCACUACGGCCGAGCUCAUAAGCCUGCUCUCGCGUGGUCCCAGAGGUUACGGAUCGUGAAGGGGGUCGCGGCGGGGCUCCUCUAUCUUCACGAAGAGUGGGAGCAAGUCGUUGUGCACAGAGACAUCAAGGCGAGCAAUGUGCUGCUGGACGGCGAGAUGAACGCCAGGUUGGGGGAUUUCGGUCUCGCGAGGCUGUACGAUCACGGCACCGAUCCGCAGACGACCCAUGUGGUUGGGACGACGGGUUACAUCGCGCCAGAGCUCGCAAGGACCGGUAGGGCAACCACCGCCACCGACGUGUUCGCUUUCGGAGUUUUCAUCUUAGAGGUUGCUUGCGGACGGAGGCCGGUGGAGCAACCAACGGUGAGCUGGCAAGGGGAGCAAUUCCUGUUGGUGGAUUGGGUGACCGAAAACUGGCGGAAGGGUUCAAUUCUCGAUACAGUGGAUGCCGGAUUGGAAGGAGAGUACGUGAGGGAGGAGGCGGAGAUGGUGCUGAAGCUGGGGCUGAUUUGCUUGCACCCGCACGCGGCGGCGCGGCCGAGCAUGCGGCUGGUCGUCCAGUACUUGGAGGGCCGUAUUCCCCUCCCGGAGCCAUCGCCGGCUUCUCUCUGCUUCACCAAACUAUCAUUGCCUCACAAUGUAGGUUUUGAUGAUUAUGUUGUCUCAUAUCCAUCUUCGGUGCCGAGUGCAUCUACUCUCUCCGGAGGAAGAUGAAUGAAUAUUAGCCAUGUGUGGAUAGGAUUGAGAAAGGUUCAUUUGAAGAAUAAGAAUUGGUUUACAAUCCACUGUUAAUUGUAAUUUUACAACAAUUCUAAUCAAAUGAUCUUUUUUCUUUUUUU